GUUUAAACUAAGUAUUGUGUUAUUGUAUGCAUAAAUGUGGGCCAAUCAAAAUUAAAUAAAAAAUUAAAUAAUUAAAUAAAUAAAUAAGGGUAAUUUAGUAAUUUGUUUAGUAACUUCCAAAAUUAAUCCCUAUCUCAUGAUAGACUUUUAACCUAAUCUCUCCUGUUUAAAUCUCGUUCCCCUCUUUUAUCUAAAACGCCGAUCUAAUCUCUCCUGUUUAAAUCUCGUUGCACUCUUUUAUCUAAAACGCCGAUCUGCAAAGGAAAAGGGAUGCGAGUAGCAGCAGGUGGGGUGAGAUCAGAAGAGAGAGCGAUGGGUGAGACCAGAAGAAGGUCCGACGAUAGGUGGGGCUUCGGUGACAUUGGCUCGACGGAAGAAGAAGAGGUGGGUGCGGGUUCUUUUAGAUCAAUGCUUCCGACCUCCAAUCUCCCCCCGCCAGCAUUCCGAUCAGUUUCGCUUGUGUAUCUUGAGGCGAGAGACGAACUUUGGCAUCUUGAUUUGGCAGAAAAAUGUCUAGACUGGGGGGCCUGCAUUGCAGUAGCCAUUGGAGCUGCUAGAGGGUUGGAAUAUCUUCAUGAAGCAGCUGCACCAAGAAUCUUACAUAGAGAUAUUAAAUCCACUAACAUUCUAUUGGAUGAAAACUGGAGAGCAAAUGUGGGAAUUGGGAAUAAUAAGUUUUAA